AUGACCCCGGAGUGGACGUCCCCGUCGACCGCGACCGUGAUGGAGAACACGGCCGUGAACACGGUGGUGCUGGCGGUGAAGGCGGUGGACGCGGACGAGGGACGGAACUCGUACGUGGAGUACUCGCUGGACCAGGGGGGGCAGGGGGGGCAGGGGUCGGAGCAGCAGCCGUUCGUGUUGGGGCCGGUGGAUGGGCUCUUGAGGGUCGGGGCGGGGUUGGAUCGGGAGACGGUGAGCAGGUAUGCGCUGAGGGUGACGGCGAGGGAUCGGGGAUAUCCGCCGAGGUCGUCCACGAUGACCUUCGUCGUGAGCGUCUUGGACGAGAACGACAAUGCGCCGAUGUUCGAUCCGAGGCACUACAGUGCGACGAUCCCGGAGAAUGCGACGAUCGGACUGUCGGUCCUUCAGCGAAACGUCGGUAGACGCUUACCCUUUCUGCAGUCCGUGUCGAUCGGUCGUAAACGCGGCGGUUUCUCGGUCCAGGUGUCGGCGACGGACGUGGACGCGGGGCUGAACGGGAAGAUCCGCUACGCCCUGGCGUCGGGGGACCCCGGCCGGGACUUCACGAUCGCGGAGGACACGGGGAUCAUCCGGGUCGCGAAGACGCUCAACUACGAGCGGCGGCACCAGUACUUGCUCACGGUGCAGGCGGAGGACUCGGGGCAGGAGGUCCGCUACGACUCGUGCACGGUGAGCAUCACGGUGAAGGACGUGAACGACAACCCGCCGGUGUUCCUGGACUCCCCGUACGUGGCCUGGGUCAUGGAGGAUCGAGGUCGGGGUCAUCCCAGGGCGUCGUCACAGGUGGUGGCGAGGGUGUCGGCCCACGACGCGGACUCCCCGCCGCACAACACCCUCAGUUACCGGUUGAAGGAGGGGGACAAGAGCGUGUUCGCCGUCAACGAUUCCACGGGGGACGUGUACCUGCUGAGGAGUCUCGAUCGGGAGACGCAGGCGUCAUAUAUUUUGGUCAUAGCUGCGAUCGAUUCUGGU